AUGCCUCAUUAUCCACAUCCCAUUCCUUAUUGGUAUAGGCCACCUGUAUAUUUUCCUCAAUAUGAUGGAUAACAAUACUAAAACACAUUGUCCAAAGAACUUCAAUCGAAAGUCAGCCAAUUAGUUUAAUAUUAGAAAGUGUCACAUUUUGCUUGCAAUUGUAAAAAAAGCAAGUGCCUCAAAUUAUAUUGCGAAUGCUUUGCCAAUAAUUGGGUAUGCUCUCAAAAUUGCAAUUGCUGUGAAUGCAAAAACAGGAUUGAUAAUCCAAAUGAAAGAUCAAAAGCCACUGAAGAAGCUUUACUCAGGAAUCCAGAUGCAUUUGCAGCAAUAUUAACUAACAAUGGAUAACAACCACAAAUAAUUUAAGAUAAAACCUUAAUUCUACCUUUAGAGGAAAAAUCAUAGAAAGAAUCCUAAAUAGAUAUAACCACAAGAAAAGGAUGCAAUUGUAAGAAAUCUGAAUGCAAAAAGAAGUAUUGUGAAUGUUAUAGCAUCAAUCAAAAAUGCACAGAUCUCUGCAAAUGUGAAAAUUGUCUAAACAAAGCUGAAUCCUAAGAAGUCUCAGUUGAUUAGUUAUAAAAAUAAUAGAACCCAUAAAAAUAGAUUAUCUAACAAAUUUAAUAAGUUCAAUAGCCAAAGGAUAGCCAAUAGAAUUCUAUCAAUAAAAAGUCAAAAACUAUUCAGAAAAAAACAAAUAAAGUUGGCGAUCCCAAACAAGAACAUUUUUCAGAAUCCGAACAACAUAUAGUCAAAGUUAAAUUAACGAUUACUGAUAAAUAAAAACGAAGGAAGUAAUGA